AUGCAGAGACGUCCAUUGCGACCCCACAAAGGGGAACAACACCUGGAGCCAAAUACAAAUGAUGACAAGGAGUAUUAUCAGUAUGGGGGGCCAAAAGGGGCAUUUUUUACCAGUGUUUGUUUUGUAGGACUGACAUAUAUAGUGGUGGAAAAGAUUCAGUCAGGUAAAUGGCAGUUGUUAAGACUACCAGAGUUUUCUGGUAACAUUAGGGACUGGCUGGAUCCUGGAGCAGCAGCUUUGUUCCUUGGCUGGCUUGGGGCACAGUUUGUCCUCUACCUCCUUCCAAUAGGAGGACCCAUUGAGCUAGGGGCACCCACUAAAGACAAUGGUCGUAAACUGGCUUACAGACUCAAUGGCUUUUUUGUUUUUAUGCUGAAUAUGAUAUGUUUGUCGGUUUUUGCAUACGUUGGGCUUCGCAUUACAAUCCUAACACAGAUGGCACUACAAAUGCUGACCACUGGAAUUCUGACUUUCUUUCUUCUAAGCAUCAUCCUCUACAUUAAAGCUAUGACUCUGAGGCCUCGGGACCGCAGCCCUUGUGGUCAGACAGCAAGCACCUAUUACAAUUGGUUUAUUGGUGCGGAAUUACAUCCACGGUUUGGAUUCCUCGACUUAAAAAUGGUACUCUUUCGUAGCGGGAUCAUCGGUUGGAUGAUUUUCAACUUGGUAAAUAUUGUGGAUGCGUCAGAGGCUGGUCACCUUACUCCCUCCCUUCUACUGGUCAGUGGCCUACAGCUUGUGUAUGUAAUGGACACAUUUUGGUUUGAAGCUGGAAUGUUAGUAUCCAGAGACAUUAUACAUGAAGCUUUAGGGUUCAACCUCCUCAGUCUUUUUUUGAUGAUUCCAUUUACAUUUUGUGUACAGACACGAUACCUAGCAACAACAGGAUUCACUCUCCCAUGGUACUGCCUCAUCACGAUCCUAGGAUUGAACUUAACUGGAUACUGGAUAUUAAGGGGAAGUAACUCUGAAAAAAAUAACUUUAGACGAAAUCCAAAAGAUCCUGCUUUUGCAAAUUAUCAGACUCUACCUACCAGAAUAAAGGGUAAAAGCCUGCUUGUGUCUGGGUGGUGGGGUUUAAGCAGACACCCAAACUACUUUGGAGAUAUUCUCAUUUCCUUUAGCUUCGCCUUACCAACCGGUUUUGGUUAUUUUCUACCUUAUCUAAACCCAUUGUUUUUGGUGAUGAUGUUGGUGGAUCGUGAGCGAACUGAUGGAGCAGAGUGUAGACAACGUUAUGGCGAUGUGUGGGAUAAAUAUUGCGAAAAAGUCAAAUACAGAAUAAUCCCUUAUGUCUAUUGA